AUGGGCCUGAGUGUACAUGGAGCAGACAAUCAGCAGUUGAUGGCAAAACCAGGCUUUGGGAAUCAGAGUACCUGUCUUGGCCAGAGACCUUCAGAACACAUAGACUAUCAGAUUUAUAGAGGGAGCAGCAAUCUAUGUUUAUCUCUUGGGGACAACCUAGAGCCACCCCUGUUUCCAAUUCAGAAGGGCUCCCUGAACCUCCUGAGGCAGAAAUGGGAAUCCAGUGAUUACCAAAGAAGUGAGUGUUGUCCUGAGAGCAGCCGUUUCAGGCUCUUGCAGCUUCAGGAAAGCAAACUGCUUGAGCCCAAAGGAGAGGAGCCAUCAGCACCUGAACCUCUCCAUCCCUCAAGACUGCCUUGCAGAGCACAGGAAGAGACAGUGAGUACAGAGCCUAGAGAGAAGGGGCCUGAGCACAAAAGUGACCACUCCAGGGAACACAGCCGUCCUGAAGUGCUGAAGGAGGACUCCCUGACCAGUCGACGCAGGAUUGAGCGCUUUUCCAUUGCCCUUGAUGAGCUGAGGAGUGUCUUUGAGGCUCCCAAGAGUGAAGACAAACCAGUUGGACCAGCUGAAUAUGACCGAAAGGUAAGGAGCUAUACAUUGAGAGUCUCAGUUUAUAUUUGA